CCGGAAGUUGGCUCCGAGACAACGGCGAGCCGGGUUGUGUUUGGAAGCAAGGAGUGAGAAGGUUCGCGGUGCUGCGUAGGGACUAACAAUGGACACCCAGAAGGACGUUCAACCCCCAAAGCAGCAGCCAAUGAUAUAUAUCUGUGGAGAAUGUCACACAGAAAAUGAAAUAAAAUCCAGGGAUCCAAUCAGAUGCAGAGAAUGUGGAUACAGAAUAAUGUACAAAAAAAGGACUAAAAGGUUGGUGGUUUUUGAUGCUCGAUGAAAGAGGAAUUCAGAAGAGUGUCUUCGCUUGUACUUGGAUUUGCCUUGUUAAUGUUUCUCAAUGUUGUAUAGCUUUUAGUUUAGCAUACUUAUCUUUAUGAAUACAACUAUAUACAUACGAUUUCAUUUCAUUUCAUUUUUAAAAGUAUAUUGUAUUUAGGUAUCUACUAAUACUUUGUAUGAGGACAUUUUUUGUUCAGUUACAUGCCUUUUUUUUGGUGGCUGGCCAGUACGGAAAUCCAGACCCUUGAUCCUGGUGUUAUAACACCAUGCUCUAACCAACUGAGCUAACUGGCCAGCCCCUGACUUUGAAUUUUAUUGUGUAUGUAAUCUGACACACAAUAAUGUUAAGAUUGCUUCCCUCAAUAACACUUUUAAUCAAAACCUAGAAUCUUCUAAGGUCUUUGUUAAAAAUGAAGGUUUCUAGAGCCCUCUGAAGGUCUGAUUAAAUAAGGUCCUUGGAAACCAC